GAUGAAUAAUUAAAGCCCUAUCCGGUGCAUGGGUUACAGAGAUGCGCGUAAUGUUUAUACUUUUAACUGAGCAGCGGGAGACGUUUGAUCACUGCCUGUAAAACUUCAACUCGUUUUCGGACGACCCUUUCAUCUCGCGCACUAACCGGAGAAGAGGAGACACCGGUGACCAUCUUCUGGACUCUGGAUAAGAUAUCUGGGGGAAGUAACUGUGCCUGGGCAUUUAUACACAGGAGCCUUACUUCCCAUUGCCUUCUCAUCAGUUCCCAGGAGGACGGAAGAGGAGAACCACAUUUGAAGGACUCUCAGCUGCCAGACGCCUGAAUCAAUGCCAAGUCCUUGUCCUCUUCAGAUAGCCUAGCGAAGGUGCAGGAGGUAGCAAGCUGGCUUUUGGAAAUGAACCAGGAUCUGCUGUCGGGGGGCAGCGGCAGCAGGGAAGCCCAGCAGCAGAGGCUGAGUCCUGGGGCAGCGGAGGCAGGUAACAGCACCUCCGGCCGCACAUCCCAGUCCCAGGCAGAGCACAUGAACCGGGUGCUGGAGGAGCCUGAACAGGAGGCGCAGCCACAAAGGAGGGAGCCAGGUGAGGAGGAGGAGGAGGAUGGUAGAAGAGAGCCGCCGAGGGACAGAGAAGAGGAACCAUGGCCGUCCGGCGGUGAGGCAGUGGAGGAAGGGCAGAGGGGUGAGGUGAAUGGAGCAGAGAAGGGUGCCCAGUGGAUGUGGGAGCAGGAGCAGCGACAACGCGGCAGGAGACUUCACGACGAGGAGGAGGAGGAGGAGGAGGAGAAUGAGGUGGAGGAGAAUAAUAACAGUGGAAGGGAGGAGCACGUCGGGCCAGGUCUUCGUUCUGAAGACGAGGACCGGCCGGAGGAAGAGGAGGACGGAGAGGAGGAAAUGGACCAGGACAGUGAUGAGUUUGAGCAUUCAGAAGAGAGUGGAAGGGAAGAGGAGGAGGCUGAAGAGGAUGAAGAGGAAGGAGAGAAUGGUCCCCACUCUCCCUCCAUCAGGACCAGAAUGUCGGACCUUAAUGAUAACACGGACCAGUCCUCUGGACAUCAGCACCAAAGUUCACCGUCUGUCUUCAAGAAUAAGAUGAAGAGAAAGUUGGACCAUGGCCCCGAGGUUCGAAAUUUCCCUUCAGGAAAGAAGCCCUGUCCAAGUCCUACAGGACUGCUGUACCCAGCCACCCCCACCACAUUUGGGGACUUGCGAGCAGCCAAUGGGCAGGGUCAGCAGAGACGGCGUAUCACAUCCAUCCAGCCUCCGACGGGCCUGCAGGAGUGGCUCCGCACCUUUCAGAGCUGGAGCGGCCCAGAGAAACUACUUGCGUUGGAUGAGUUGAUUGACAGCUGUGAGCCCACACAGGUGAAGCACAUGAUGCAGGUGAUCGAACCGCAAUUUCAGAGAGACUUCAUCUCGCUGCUGCCUAGAGAGUUGGCCUUACACGUGCUGUCGUUUCUGGAGCCAAAGGAUCUGCUUCAAGCGGCUCAGACGUGUCGUAACUGGCGCAUUCUUGCAGAAGACAACCUGCUCUGGAGGGAGAAGUGCAAAGAAGAAGGUAUUGUCGAGCCCUUGCACAUAAAGAGAAGGAAAGUUAUCAAGCCUGGGUUCACCCACAGUCCUUGGAAGAGUGCCUACAUCAGACAACACAGAAUAGACACCAACUGGAGGAGAGGGGACCUCAAAUCACCCAAGGUGUUGAAAGGCCACGACGACCAUGUCAUCACCUGUCUCCAGUUCUGUGGAAACCGCAUAGUGAGCGGCUCAGACGACAACACGCUCAAAGUGUGGUCUGCUGUCACUGGAAAGUGUUUGCGGACAUUAGUGGGCCACACAGGUGGUGUCUGGUCCUCUCAAAUGAGAGACAACAUCAUUAUCAGUGGCUCCACAGACCGAACGCUGAAGGUCUGGAAUGCAGAGACGGGAGAAUGUAUCCACACGCUGUACGGUCAUACCUCAACAGUGCGCUGUAUGCACCUGCAUGAGAAAAGGGUGGUGAGCGGUUCUCGUGACGCCACACUGCGGGUUUGGGACAUCGAAACGGGUCAGUGUUUGCACGUGCUCAUGGGUCAUGUGGCGGCCGUGCGCUGCGUACAGUAUGACGGUCGAAGGGUUGUCAGCGGGGCCUAUGACUUCAUGGUGAAAGUGUGGGACCCUGAUACCGAGACCUGCCUACACACACUUCAGGGUCACACCAAUAGAGUCUACUCACUACAGUUUGACGGCAUCCACGUGGUGAGCGGUUCAUUGGACACGUCGAUUCGAGUGUGGGAUGUAGAGACAGGAAACUGUAUUCACACACUCACAGGUCAUCAGUCUCUCACCAGCGGCAUGGAGCUCAAAGAUAAUAUCCUGGUCUCUGGCAAUGCAGACUCUACCGUCAAGAUCUGGGACAUCAAGACCGGCCAGUGCCUACAGACUCUGCAAGGUCCCCACAAGCACCAGAGUGCAGUAACAUGCCUGCAGUUCAACAAGAAUUUUGUCAUCACCAGCUCUGAUGACGGUACGGUGAAGUUGUGGGACCUGCGGACGGGCGAGUUCAUCCGUAACCUGGUGACACUUGAGAGCGGCGGUAGCGGCGGCGUGGUCUGGCGCAUCCGUGCCUCGAACACCAAGCUCGUCUGUGCGGUGGGCAGCCGUAAUGGCACGGAGGAAACCAAGCUCCUUGUGCUGGACUUCGACGUGGACAUGAAGUGAGUCAAGCGAAGGUGGCGAACUGAGGGGACUUGAUGUUUGGAAACGGGGAGAGGCGGAGCAACCUGCCCUGGGUCUCUUUGCUGAGGCCCACACCAGGACCGAUCGCUCAAUUCAUUGCGCCGCCACCCUGUCGUGCUUUGCUUGAUCUCGGUGUACUCCGUACGACUGCCGCCACAGUUCUAUUCACCUUCAGAAAGGGCGGGUGGGGGCAGACGCUCAUGCACCACAGCAUUCUGGGAAGGGGAGGAAACUGAAUAGAAGGACUUCGGAAGACUGGAUUGAGCUUUUUCCUGGAUUCUCCCUUUUCCUACCACUCAAGGCGACCUUGCACAGUGACUUCUUCACUCAAGCCUGACUGAAACUCGCACCCAUAUGUACAAACGUCAUUUUUUUGGCAUCAAAACAAGUCAACACGGACAUAGUGCUUAAUAGUGUAGACACAUUGAAUGGAGAAAGAUGGAAAAAGAGCUUUGUACUGCGGGAGUGAUUAGAAAAGGAGAGUCAAAGGAAGCCAAUUUUGUCAGUCCUCAUCAACCUCAGCACACGCCAAAUAUCCCCUUCUUCCUCACGCGUUGGUUUGCUUUUGUAUUUGUUUAUUAUUAUUAUUAUUAUUUUUAGGAGUUUUUGCUUUGUUCCCCUUGGCUUUGUCUUUUGGUUUUUACGUCGACAGCUGUGAAUUCAAGUUCGGCAUUUCAUUUUCACCUCUGCCUGCUGUUGCAAACAACAAGUCUCAGUAUUAAGCUAAUCCCUCUCUGCUGUUUCACACAUUUUGGGGGGUUUAUUUUGGGGGUCUAGUACUCCAUAAGCAGCGACUCUUCGGAUUCGUUGACGAUCUUCUUUGCUUGUGUUUUUCAACCAGUCUGAUCUCAUUAGUUCAUCAGUGCUGGUGCUCUGUGGGAAACGGGAAUUCUUGUCCCAUAAACUCUUGGGAAUAUGUGUCCCCCCCACCCUUUCCCAGUACUGUCCAUCCCAGUGGCCAAACUGGAUUUUAUGCUGCUAGACACAAGGAAAAAUAUGAUGGAAAUUUUACUGGCUGUGACGUUUUAGUCCCAGACUAAAUUCUAAAAAAAAAAACAUUUAAAAAAAAAAAAGUUACUUGUAGAGUUUGAACUUGUAAAAAUGACACAAACAAACACACCAACAAAAGCAAGAUAUUGACUUUAACAGCUUCUCUUUUUUUUGCCACUGAGACUUGAGCCAAAUGUGCCUCUACGAGGCGUAGAGGAGGGAGAAUGCCUGACAGAGACGGGUUUGCCUGGUGACAUGAAACAAUGGACGAGUAGAAACUAUGUUGCGUUUGCAAGCAUGACUGACUGUGUGUGUGUGUGUGUGUGUGUGUGUGUGUGUGUGUGUGUAUGUGUGCGUGUGCUGGUGUGUGUCGGAGCAAAUUGUUCACACAUUCCUUGGGACAAAAGCUCUGCCAGCCUGAGUAGAUGUGUGUUUUGACAGUUCUUGCUUUUAAUUAUUGUUGGAACCUAUAUAAAGUUACCGAUGUAAAGAACAUUGUCACGUUCAUGCAGAAAAAUGGUGGUCUUAGUGUACAGAAAUUGACAUCGGAUUAAGUUUUAAGUGCUAGAGCUAACCUCAUGGUUUCUUUGAAUGGUAAAGCAGCUUCAUAGAUGAACAGGACGUCACCGCAUCCGUAGCCAAACAACGCGUCUCAUCCACCAAGUCACACGACUCGAGCUGAACUGUGAAAGUGGUUUAACACUGUAUAUUAAAACCAAUCUUGUUCUUUCUCCUUUUUUUUCAUCCCUGUUUAAUUUAUAAUCUGGUUUGAGAAAUCAGAUGUUGGAGUGGCGAUGUAAACUGCCUGGAGAAACAGACAGAUAAAAAAGGAACCUUAAAGGGAUUGUGUAUUUGUUUGAUUCAUUUAGAAUUUUUAUUUUCUUAUAACUUAAGUGCAAUAAAAUGUGGGUUUUUCUUUUUUCAUUUCAAGAGUUUUGGUUGUCUGUGUUCCUCACUGUGUGAAAGUGUUAUGUGUCCAAUAAAGCUUCUACAAAUUAUUCUGCCUAUGAAAAAAAGCAUUCUCCUA